CGGGCGCAGCAAACCGGUGCUUUUGCUUGCACUGCUUGGGCCAUUUUCGGCGUUUUUCGCUUUUACUCCUGUUGCCGCAUUUUCAACUCUUUGCAAAUUUGUUGCUUUGCAGCGAAGGACAGAAGAAAGACACAGCGAGGGGGCUUUUCUUUCCUACGUGGAGGGCGGGCGAUCAUGGCGUGCGCCCUUCCAGACCACCUCCACCACUACCACCACCACCAUUGUCCUGCACCUCUGUCUUACAAAUUCUUGUUGAUGCCCGGCCCAGUGGUCGGCGAGAAGCGGAAGAUGGUCUACAUUCCCGACGUACUAUCAUUUGACGAUCUGUGUUCGAAAAUCCAAGCUAAGUUACCAAAUGCGCGGCAUGCUUUCUCCAUCGUCGUAGAGAUGCAAGUGGCGGAUCCUCCCCCCGGUCAGGAGGCGCAUCUUCUGGACGAAGUAUGGGCGGAAGUGGAAGACUUGGAGCUGUUCGACAGCAAAGCCGUGACCAACCUGCGCAUUCGCGCAAAGGAGGCGCCGCCGACAAUGAGUCCGUUGAUGCCGGUGCUGCAGACGCAACUGCCGCUGUCGUCUGCGCCUCCUGUGGCGGGUCAUGCGCCGCUAGCUCGCGCGCCGUCUUCACCUUCGCCCACUCUUUCUUCUCCCUCUGUCGCGCCCAUCUUGUCCAACGCUGCUGCGCCCGUCAAGCCCCUCUCUUCCGCUGCCUGCGGUCAGUCCUUCGGCAAUCCCGACCCCUUCGGCACCUCCGCCACGUUCGUCUCUCGAUGCCCGCCGGCGGCGGCAGUUUCUCCGCCACUGCCGCCCAUUCCGCACACUCCGCCCGCUGCUUCUGUAACCCCGCCACACUUGCAGCGCGCAGCUGCUGCGCGCAUGUCUUCCUCCACCCCGCGCUCAAGUUCGCCUGUGGUGGGCAGCGCCAGACCACCGUCCACAGGUGCGCAGGCGUUGGCGGAGCGUGCCGCGCGCGCUGUCCCCUCAUCCCCUCAUGUCCGUCACUCCACCGAUGCGAUCGCUCAGCCAUCUUUUCCGCCGCCUCUCGGUGGGUCUUCCCCCAUCCAUCAUCCCGUCCUCAUCGGCCAUUCGACGCCUCCAGCAUCCAUUCAGACGGCCUCCACUCUUGUCGAUGUCAAUGCGAUCAACAACACGCCAGCUUCACCAGUGCUACUUCUGUCGGAGACUCGGGAAGAUGGAGGAGUAAAGCACGGAGAUUUAAACGAUCACCACAAUCCAAUGGUAGAACCAGAGUUGUUAUCGCAAAUUGAUAGAGAAGCAGAUACGAAUAUGGAGCAGGCGCUUCGUGACGACCUGGAAAGAAGGGCUGUCAUUUACACGAAAGGGAAGAAUGGAGUUUUGACUGGCCAUAUGAAAUUAAUGAAUGCAGCAGCGAAGCAAAUUGCGCUCCGCGAUCCACGAUUGGUGGAGAAAGGAAGAAGGGCUGAGCUAAUGAGAGAGGCUGCAAACAUGGUGAGUGUUUUGAUGGUUCAUCAUACAUACAUUCCAAAAGACAAGACAAGACCGAAGCACGCCAUUGCAAACAAACUUGAGAAAUGAGAAGAAGAAGUCAAUAGAUGAAGAGCGAAUGAGAAUCAGAGGUUGAAGAAAUACACAGAACACUUGAAAAGAGAUGACAUCCCGCCCUCCUCCCGUCUCCACCCAUCAGAUCUCCUCCUGGAUUAUUACUCCAGUUCAAUACACAUCUUGAACAAAGUGUCAACUUCUGA